AUGGGCACUCACGACAUCGUGGACCGCGGCCGAAAACCCCGCCGGGAAGAAAGACGUGACCCAGAGGCCGAGGAAGCAACGUGGUCAAAUGAUAAAGCAGCCAAAGACAGAGACAAGAACAAUGUGGCAGGGCGGGAUUUCGCUUACGAAAAGACCGAUCCUAAACACUGGAAUUCGACUUCGAAGAAGAAAUAG